UUACUAGCGGCGGUUGGCGCUGGUUUGAGUUCGUCCUGCCCAGGCAAAAGAUUGUCACGUGGCGUCCGGGCGACCAAUCGCCGCUCUGCGUUGGUUUCUCGGAGCCAGAGCGUCGCCGCCUGCUCCCGGGCCCUGAAAAGUGUGGAGAGCGGGGACGGAGGAGGUCCGGCCUGUGUGCGUGUGUGGCGAUCUGUGCCAAGUCAAGCUAGAGUCUUCUAGAGCAACAUGCUCCAAGCGUAAUGCCUUAUUGGCGGUCAUUUUUGAAUUUACACUACCAAACAUCACUUCCUUAAUUUGUGGGAAGAAAAAAAUAAAUCAUGGCAAGUAAACGGAAGUCUACCACGCCUUGUAUGAUACCCCUCAAGGCUCUAGCCUUGGAUGGUGGCACAGACAUGGCAGAAGAAGAAAAGGACCAAAGUUCCACAGAGGAGCACCAAGAUAUACUACCAGCUGCAGAUCUUAUGGGCGGUGGUCACGACUUGCUAUCUAAUGGACAUGAAAAUGUAGAAGGUCUGAGUUUUUUUUGUAAAUACUGUAACUUUGGUUCUCUGGAAACAAGCCCUUUUGUGGAACACAUGAAUACAAAACACCUUGACUUUAGAAAUGAUCCUUCAUAUGUUUGCAUUGUAUGCAGCUUCCUAGUGAAAGACCCUAAGGAACUGGAAGCUCACAAUGCCGAUUCUCAUCCCGGAGACCCAGAUCUCUCCUGGAUUGUGGCCAAGCACGAGAGCUACACUGUUGUAGAACAGAGCGUCAGCGGCCAUGGCAUUGAUCAUGAUGACCCUGUACACCAUGGUGACGAACUUGUGGAUGACUACUCGGAAGUAACAAUGACUAAAACCCCUAUAAUGAAACAUUUCAAAAAUAAGCUAGAGACAAAAAAAAUUAUCACUAUAAAAGAUAAUGGUAACUGCGUAGGCGAGGAGCCUGAGAGAAAGGGCCGACCUGUUACCAGGAGCGGGACAGCGUUGGUAAGCAAAGUGACCAACAACAUUGUAAAUUCUUCUCCAUUAGUAAACGGCCCCAUCAUAGGAACAGUACCUGUCUUACAAACUGGGGUCACCCAGCUGGUAUCCAUAAACCCCCCUCAGUCUUUAAUACAGCCAAAGAUUCCUGCAACUAUUAUAACACCAGUGCUGCCCAAACAGUCUGCGCAAAAGUCCCAAAGUCACCUGCUUCCCAAUGAAAAGUCUCUCCCAAGAGUAAUGAUUCCGUUGAGCAGUAUUCCGACAUACAAUUCGUCCAUGGAUUCCAAUUGUUUUUUGAAAAAUUCUUUCAAUAAAUUCCCGUACCCGUUGAAGGCCGAACUUUGCUAUCUGACAGUGGUGACGAAAUACCCUGAAGAGCAAAUUAAAAUAUGGUUUACUGCACAAAGACUUAAGCAGGGGAUCAGCUGGUCACCGGAGGAGAUCGAGGACUCCAGAAAGAAGAUGUUUAAUACCAUAAUCCAGUCUAUCCCCCAGCCAAUGCAGCAGCCAACCAUAACCGUUUUGAAUGCUCCACUUGUAACCAAUGCAAAUAACGUUCAGCAUCUUAUCCAUGCAACCCUUCCUAGUCAGAUCGUCAGCCAACCUCAAGGGACUGGUGGCGUAAUAGUAACUCAGCCUAUUCUUUCCAAUGGGAUUCAAGGAGCUCUUACUUCCGUGUCUUUAGGCAUAGCUCCACUUUCCACUAGUCAGGCAAACGACUUUGGUAGAGAGUCCUUUACAGCAGCGGGCAAUUCCCCUCCGAUUACAUCACAAUCGAGUUUUUAUGAAAGCAUACGAAUUAAAAAGUCAAGGCAGCAGUUGAGUGCCCUUAAAAACAGUUUUUGCAAAAGUCAGUUUCCUUCCCACGGGGAAGUUGCAAAGCUGACCAGAAUUACUGGCCUAUCAACAAGGGACGUUCGGAAAUGGUUUAGUGAUAAACGGUACCACUACCGCAACAAACCGGCGUCCUACUUCUCAGACACCGGCGAGCCGCUAACUGACGCGCAGACAGAUUUGGUGUUUUCUGUGGGAAAAGAACAUGAUACUGACUUUGCACUUCCAGCAAGCAGCCAUACACCGGCAAGCAGCCACACACCAUCUCAUACACCGUCUCAUACCCCAUCGCAUACACCCUCACAUACGCCAGCCCAUACCCCAAGGAGGCAGUCUUGGCAUCAGACUCCAGACUUCACAACCACACGAUACAAGGAGCGGGCUCCAGAGCAGCUGAGAGUGCUGGAAAGUAGCUUUGCAACAAAUACUUUCCCUUCGGAUGAUGAAGUGACCAGGUUACGAAGCGAGACAAAAAUGACAAGACGCGAAAUUGACAGCUGGUUCGCAGACAAACGCAAAAGAGUCGCUGAAGAACUCAAGAGAGAGAAGGCCCGUUAUGAAAAGCACGAGGACAUCUUUCCUGAAGAAAUGGAGACCUUCAGGGUCAAGACUGCUGAUGAAGUGAAGGCUCCUAGUUCUCCAGUCUUUGAGCGAAAAGUAAACCCUAUAAAGAUUAAUCUAAAGGCUCUUCGGGUGACGGAUACAGGGAACAACACGGACAGCUUCAGGGAUGAUAACAGUAAUCACAGCGAUGGUGGAAGUAGUAGGCCAUGUACACCUCAGAAAAGUCGAUCUGUGAAAAAGACUGCCCAGCAGCGGGAUCAUUUAAGACAAUUGUUUGUGAAGACGCAGUGGCCAUCCCAGGAGCAGUACGAUAAUCUGGUAGAGCAGACAGGACUGCCGCGCCCCGAAAUUGUGCGCUGGUUCGGGGACGCCAGGUACUCCUUUAAAAUUGGCAAUUUAAGAUGGUAUGAGGGCUACAAAAAAACCUAUUCGGAAGCUAAGCCUGCGUCCCUCCAGCCUCUUUUGGACUAUUAUGGCGAGCAUCAAACACUUUGUGAAACUGACAUUAAUGAUCUCUGCGACCAGACAGCUAUGUCCGCAGAUGAUAUCCGCAGCUGGUUUUCAGAACGGAUGGAGGAAGCCAAACGAGGUGCGGUUGAGGAGGGCGGCGAUGAUGCAAAUGUCAGCCACGGUGACACAGUAGAUGACCAGAAUACGACACCCGAUCAGUCUCCAAAGGUCUCUGAGAACGGUGACUCCUGUGAGCCGAGGUCGGAUGAAAGCCUGCCAGAACAACCGCCAUCAGAUUUACCACUUGAAACGGGCUGAACACCAGCAAAGAAAAAAACCCUGAUAACCCGGAGGACUGCCGUAUCUCCAGCCUCCUUCCCAGGGGUUCCAAUGGCAUUGAAGUAUAUUGUGUUUUUCUCCACUGGGUGGCAGGAAGACAUAAUGGCCAUCUUGGCAAUGCAUAGGAAAUAAAGGGACCUUGUUGCCUUGAUGCAGAUUCUGUCCUAUGGAAGUCACCUUUCCCUCAUUGUACAUACCAUAAUGCAGGUUUUCAACAUUUUCCCCAUCUCUGUGACCCCCUUUAGUGCUUUUCUUUCCCCCCUCCCAUCCUAUUCUCUGUAUGUCUAUUGGUACAGGAGCUUAUUUAUAUAAUGACAGAAUAAUAUAACCAUUUAGUAUUCA